UCAGCGCUCGUAGCGAGUUAGAGCUUCAGCUCGAGAUUCACGUGUUGUCGGUUAUAAAGCGAUUACGGCUGAUGCCGCGAUCGACACUCGAUUGCCAGUAGCCACUCGAGGCACAACCAAAUACCGGACCGGUCCAACAGCCAAGCCCAAAAGAAACCAAAGAUCAGACAGAUUGACAGAGUCAGAAAAAGAGAGAGAGAGAGAGACAGAGAGAGAACGAGACUCGUUGACGCUCCAAUUGGCACACGGGUGACGCCGUUGCGAUAAGAGCAUAAUAUAAUAAAAAGCAAAACUAUAUAAAGAGACGUCUUGCCAAGAAAAUAAAAAGUGAAAGUUGGGAUAGCCUCGUCCAGUUGCAUUUGUAAGAGUCAAUUACCGGAACCAAAUGGCAUUCGCACUGACAAAUCUGCUGCAAACGCUGCGCAUUGGCUCGCUGGGCAUCAACAAAUCGGAUGCCAGCGACGCGAUGCUAGUGGAGAAGGCCAAGGCGAAGAUCGACUUGCAGUUGGCUGUGCCGGAGAUAACGCUGGAGGAGGUGGCACAUCAUGAUAGCUUCGACGAUUGCUGGAUUGUCAUCUACGAUCGGGUCUACGAUGUCACGCACUUUCUGCGCGAGCAUCCUGGCGGCGAUGACGUCAUCAUGGACCAUGCCGGAAGAGAUGCGACCAUUGCCUUCCACGGCACCGGACAUUCACGCCACGCUGUAGAGCAAAUGCGUCAGUUCCUGAUCGGUGAGCUGCCCCCGGAUCAAUGCAUCUUUCGCACGGGCCAGAACAAGGUUCUGUCCUCGGGCAUACCGGAUUGAUUGGCAGGGGAAGGCAUCCCAAUAGCUUGCCGUCCGAUGCUUUAGCAUUUCUAUAAUAUAUUUAUAUUUAUUUCGCAUCUAGAGUAUUCUCAUCUUAUUAGAUUUGAUGGAUUGUUUCUAAUCAAUUUAUAGACUUUAUAAUAGCAAGUUCAUUAUAUUAUUACCUUGCUAUUUAAACUA